GUUCCACCGGGGGGGAAACCUUCCGGAUGAUCCGGGGUUUUACAUACGAGACCUCCCUUUAAGAUCUGAUCCAGGAGCCAGUUUCAUUGGGAUCUCAAUAUUGUUGGUGUUUGCACAUGGAAGGAGAAAGCAGCGACCGACUGGUGGAUAAACCACACACUUGUACCGUGUGUGGCCUCACCGUCAUCCUUUCGCCUGACCUGGAGAGACACGUGCACUGUCACAGCGAGGGGCACCCAGGGGAAGGUGGGGACGGCGAGACAGGAUUCAGCUCACUGUCCGUGUUGGAAGAUGGUCAGCGUCCUGCCGCUGAGGAGAGUGUGUGUGGGAAAGGUUUGCCCUAUCCCUCCCACCUACAGGCACACAAGUGGGUUCACUGCGACAAGACACCGUGGAAACGUUCUGACUGUGCCAAGGGCUCCAAGAGCCCGCAGCAGGCAAGGCGAGACCAAUGCCAACACACUGGGCAGAGGCCUCUGUUGUGCUCGGUGUGUGGGAAGGGAUUCACUCAACUAUCCGACCUGCAGAGACACUGGAAGAGCCACUCCGUCCAGCCGCUCCUCGAGUGCUCCUCUUGCGGGGAAGAGUUCACUCGCUCGUCUUCCCUCCUGAGGCACCAGCAGUUUCACACCAAUGCACGCGCGUUUCAGAGUUCUGAUAAACGCUACCCGGAGCAGAGGAGGCAUCUGCUGCAGGGAGUUGGCGAGAGGCCGUUCGCCUGUCCCGCGUGCGGCAGAAAGUUUGCCCGCACCUCCAACCUGCUGACCCACCAGCGGGUCCACACGGGGGAGAGGCCGUUCGCCUGCCCGGACUGCGGGAAGGAGUUUGCCCAGGCUUCCAACCUAGAAACGCACCAGCGGGUCCACACCAGGGAGAAGCCGUUUACCUGCUCGGUGUGCGGGAAAGGAUUCGCUCGGUCGUCCGCCCUCCUGACCCACCAGCGGGUCCACACCGGGGAGAGGCCAUUCACCUGCUCGGUGUGCGGGAAAGGGUUCACUCAAUCCUCCAACCUGCUGACCCACCAGCGCAUCCACACCGGGGAGAGGCCGUUCACCUGCGCGGUGUGCGGGAAGGGAUUCAUUCGGUCCUCCAAACUACUGACCCACCAGCAGGUCCACACCGACGAGAGGCCAUUCCCCUGUUCGACCUGCGGCAAGUGUUUUAAAAGCACCAACAGCCUGGUGAUCCACCAGCGCUAUCACACUGCAGUCCGACCAUUCGCCUGCUCCGAGUGUGGGAAGGGAUUUACGGACUCGUCCCACCUGCUGAGGCACCAGCGGGUCCACACGGACGAGAGGCCGUUCACGUGCUCCGUGUGUGGGAAGGGCUUCAUUCGGUCCUCCCACCUGCUGAGGCACCAGCGGGUUCACCCUGCUUCUUAGCAUGUGACCCUGAUGGGAGCUGGCCUGAAGUAAAAUGGACUUGGUGAAUUCCCGUGUUGUUCCUUUGGGUUGCAGCCUGUUCAGCUGAUGGUUCCCUUCAUUGAAUCCCUCAUGGUGUCACAUGAACUCUGCAGCCCAGGCCAUUUGGCUCAGUCAGUCUGAGAACACAGUUCUUCACCACUUGAGCCUCGUUCCAUUCUCUCUUCAUCAAGCACCCAUCACCCUAUCCUGCUGUUCCUUUCUCCAUCUCGCUUUUUUUCCCAGCUAUUCCCCCUUCAGUAUGUUAACAUAGAACAGCCCAGACCCUUCUGCCCUCAAUGUUGUGCCAGCCUUCUAUCCUACUCUAAGAUUAGACUGACCUACAUACCCUCCUUUGUACUGAGGGAUGAAGGGCUCCUGCAGAAACGUCGGUGUUCCUGCUCCUCGGAUGCUGCCUGACCUGCUGUGCUUUUCCAGCACCACUCUAAUCUUGACUCUAAUCUCCGGCAUCUAUAGUCCUCACUUUCGCCUAACUCCCAUGUGCCGAGCCAAGAGUCACUUAGCUGUCCCUAAUGUAUCUGACUCGACACCCACCACUCUCUGAGUAAAGAGCCUAUCUCUGACAUCUCCCCUAAACCUUCCUCUAAUCACUUUAAAAUUAUGCCCUCUCGUGAUAAACAUUCCUGCCCUGGGAAAAAGCCUCUGGCUAUCCACUUUAUCUAUGCCUCUAAUCGUCUUAUACACCUCUAUCACAUCACCUCUCAUCCUUCUUUGUUCCAACGAGAAAAUCCCUAGCCCCCUUAACCUUUCAUUAUAAGACAUGCCCUCCAGUCCAGGCAGCAUCCUGGUAAAUCUCCUCUGCACCCUCUCUCAAGCUUGCUGUAAUGAGGCGACCAUAACUGAACACAAUAUACCAAGUGUGCUCUAACCAGGGCUCUAUAGAGCUGCAGCAUAACCUCACAGCUCUUAAACUCAAUUCCCCUGCUAAUGAAAGGCAACACACCAUACGCCUUCUAUACAACCCUACCAACUUGGGUGGCACCAUUGAGGGGAUCUAUGGACAUGGACCCCAAGAUCCCUCUGUUCCUCCACACUGCCAAGAAUCAUGCCUUUAACCCUGUGUUCUGCAUUCAAAUUCAACCUUCCAAAGUGAAUGACUUCUCUUUUCCAGGUUCAACUCCAUCUGCCACACUCAGCCCAGUUCUUUCUCCUGUCAGUGUCUCAUUUCAAGCUACAACAGCCCUCCACACUAUCAACAACACCUCCAACCUUCAGGUCAUCGGCAAACCCACGAACCCACCCUUCCACUUCCUUAUCCUAGUCCUUUAUAAAAAUCAAGAGCAGAGGUCCCAGAACAGGUCCCUGCAGAACACCACUGGUCACCGAGCUCCAGGCUGAAUACUUUCCAUCUACCAUCACCUAAUGGCCUUCUAACAGCCAGCCAAUUCUGUAACCAGACAGCCAAAUUUCCCUGUAUCCCCCGCUCCUUACUUUCUGAAUGAGCCAACUAUGGUGAACCUUGUUAAAUGCAUGCUAAAAUCCAUGUGUACCAUAUUCACUGCUCUACCUUCAUCAGUGUGUUUUGUCACAUUCUCAAAGGAUUCAGUAAGGCUUGUGAGGCAUGACCUGCCCCUCACAAAGCCAUGCUGACUAUCUCUAAUCAAACUAUGGUUUUCCAAGUAAUCAUAAAUCCUGUCUCUCAGAAUCCUGUCCAAUAGUUUACCCACCACUAACAGAAGACUGACGGGUCUGUAAUUCCUAGGAUUAUACUUCGCAGUUCACCAUCCCAGCCAGCUUUAUGUUAUUCCCUACACUUCUGCCUACACCAGUCCUACUUUCCAGCACUAGGUCCUUGGUGCUGAAUGUCGUGACAUUUCAAAUGUUCAUCUAAGUGUUUUUUUUUAAAGGUUGUGAGGUUUCCAAUCUCAACUACCCUCCCCCAGGGAAUGUGUUCCAGAUUCCCACUCCCCUCUGGGUGAAAACAGAUCUUCCUCAAAUUCCCUCGAACCUCGUGCCUCUCGUUUUAAAGGUGUGCCCCUUGGUCUUGACCUUCGGAUGAAGGGGUGCAGCUGCUUUCUCUCCACCCUGUCUACCCCCCACCCCCUCACAAUCUUAUACGCCUCAAUCAGAAUCUCCCUCCACCUUCUCUGCUGUAAAGAAGGUUAAAAAAAAUCACACAAUACCCAGGUCAUAGUCCGACAGGUUUACUGGGAAGCACUAGCUUUCGGAGCACUGCUCCUUCAGGCGAUUGUCUUUCAUCUGAAUAGGUCCUGUGUAUGCGUAGGACUUCUCCGUAGGGGAUGGCUGUUUUAGUACAUUUUGGGUGAGUGUAUCAGUGGGUUUGCAGUAGAGUGAGGCGCCCAUCCUUAAUGGAGAUGCAUGUGUCCAAGAAUGAGACUGAUACUAAAGAGUAGUCCAUGGUAAGUUUGAUGCUGGGAUGAAACUUGUUGAUAUCACCGUGGAGUUGUUUCAGUGACUCCUCGCCACGGGUCCAGAGGAAGAAAAUGUCAGUAUACCUGGUGUGUAGUGUUGGUUGGAGGUCCUGUGGAGAGAGGAAGUCUUGUUUGAAGGAGUGUCGCUCCGAAAGCUGAUGCUUCCAAUUAAACCUGUGGGACUAUAACCUGGUGUUGUGUGGUUUUUAACUUUGUACACCCCAGUCCAACACUGGCACCUCCAAAUCAUGUUCUAAAGAAAACAUCCUGAGCUUAUUCAGCCUCUCUUCAUAGCUAAAAUGUGCCAUUGUAGGCAGCGUCCUGGUGAAUCCCCCCCAAGUACAAUCACAU